CGUUCUGCUCCCAUUCCAUUCUGAUUCUGCUCCAGCUCCUCUCCUGUUCCACUCCAGUUCCUCUCCCAUUCUGCUCCCGUUCUGCUCCAGUUCCACUCCAGCUCCUCUCCCGUUUUGCUCCGGUUCCACUCUGGGUCCUCUCCCGUUCCUCUCCUGUUUCGCUCCGGUUCCUCUCCCGUUCCACUCAGGCUCCUCUCCAGUUCCGCUCCAGUUCUGCUCCCGUUCUGCUCCGGUUCCACUUUGGUUUCUCUCCCGUUCUGCUCCAGGUCCACUCCUGUUCCACUCUGAUUCUGCUCCUGCUCCUCUCCUGUUCCACUCCGGUUCGUCUCCCGUUCUGCUCCCAUUCUGCUCCGGUUCCACUCUGGGUCCUCUCCCGUUCCUCUCCCGUUCCUCUCCCGUUCCUCUCCCGUUCCACUCAGGCUCCUCUCCGGUUCCGCUCCUGUUCUGCUCCGGUUCCAUUUUGGUUCCUCCCCCGUUCUGCUCCGGUUCCACUCCUGUUCCACUCUGAUUCUGCUCCAGCUCCUUUCCUGGUCCACUCCGGUUCUGCUCCAGUUCCGCUCCAGCUGCUCUCCUGUUCCACUUCUGGUUCCUCUCCCGUUCCGCUCCCGUUCCGCUCCCGUUCCGCUCCGGUCUCGUUCUGCUCCGUUCCGCUCCCGGACCCGCGCGGAGGCCGCGGCCAAUCAGAGCCGUGCGCGAUGCGGCGGCGUUGACCAAUCGGGAGUCGGUAGUGACCGAUCGCGGGCGGGCCUUUCCUCGACGCGGGAGCCGGAAGGCGGAGCUGUCUCUGCAAUGAGGCGGCGGCCAAUCGGCGGAGGGGGCGGGAGCCACGAGGAGGCGGUUACCAAUCGGCGGCCGGCCCGGCUCUGAGGUAGCGACCAAUCGGUGCAGGGGGCGGGCCGUAUGAGGUGCGGAAGCGGGCCUCUCACGGGCCAAUACGGGGCUGGCUCCGCCCUGAGGCGGCGGCCAAUCGGAGGCGGGGGCCGGCGCCGCGCAGACUAACCAACCAAUCGGCGGAGGGGGCGGGCCGCACGAGGGGGCAGUAACCAAUCGGGCGGCGAGUCCGCCCCGAAGCGGCGGCCAAUCUGAAUCGAGGCCUUUGGGCGGCGGGAAAUGGCAGAGGCGGCGGCGGCGGCGGCGGCUGAGGCUGAGGGCGGGGAUGGCGGCGGUCCGGGCCGCGCGGCGCUGCUGGCGGCCGUGGUGGACGCCUUCCUGGAGAAGCUGCUGGCGGCGGGGAGUUACGAACGCUUCGCUCAGUGCUACCGCCGCUUCUACCGAGCGCAGCCCCACGUGACCCGCAGCAUCCACGAGCAGCUCCUGGCGCAGCUCCGAGCCGCCGUCACGGAGGAGAUCCAGGAGGUGAAGAAGGAGGGGAACCUGGAGGAGCUGCUUGGGGCGCUGGAUGCCAUCGUGGAGGAGUCGAGGGGCUGCGAGGAGCCGGCCUGGCGGCCCAGCGGCAUCCCGGAGGCGGACGCCCGCAGCACAGUGGUGCCGUUCCUGCUGAAGCAGCGCUGCUUCCUGCGCCGGGAGCUGAGCCACAGCCAGAAGGAGAACCGCGCGGCCGCGGCGGCGGUGCUGGAGGGCAGGGAGCGGAUCGCAGCCCUGCGGCGCAGCAUCGCGGAGCGGAGGGCGGCGUGGCAGGACCCUCCCAACCCAACCAUUCAGUGAGCCCAGGGUUCUAGGACCUUCCACCUCACCACUGUGUGAUCCCAAGGUUCUGUGGUCUUCCAGGACCCUCAACCAUUCUGCAUCGUUGGGUUGAGAUGGUCCUGGAAGGACAUGGAAUCACGGAGUCACAGCACGAUUGGAUUGGGAGGGCCGUGGAAGGCCACUGAAUCAUGGUAUCAUGGAAA